AUGUUUAACACUAAAAUUCCAUCAAAUAUCGAUAUCGAUAAACUUACGCUAGACUUGACGACUUUGUUACCUCCUCAGACAGGAUUUACCGAUAUUACUCUAUGCAUUAUUCAAGCCGGUAUAAAUCUUAAUCUAGAGACUAUCCAAUCACCUAUGCCCGAUCGAGAAACCAUCCUAUACUCGUUAGCACCCUAUAUCGAAGAGCAGUACUUACGCAAAUUCGACCUAGAUAUACUAAUACAAUGGUUGACAGCUGUUAUUACUCGCCUUUCUCUUUCUAAAGCGCGGGUAGUUAGCCUUCUGAAUCACUACAGAUCGGGUGAAGUACCAAUUGCUACCAACGAUGAGAUUUUCCAAAUAGCAGUCGAGAUAAUUAAAUUUGCAAAUCUGGUACAGAAGAAUAAGCCUACGGCACAGUGGGCGUGGCUUUGUAAAAGCUACAGGCAACGGCACGCCGUAGCGUUUAUUCUAUCCGAGCUUUGCGUUCGUCCUAUUUCACCCGAAACGAACCAAGCCUGGGAUAUUGCUACGGAGAUGUAUACCCAAUUGAAGGAAGAGGAUAACGAAACAGAUCCUAUCCUCCGGACCAGCUUGUCCCGUUUAAUAGAGCGCGCCACUAUAUCGAGAUUAAGAAAGUUUGGAGCCUCUCAGGACACCACGCGACUAUCACCCAUCAUUUCAUAUCCCAGUUUCUAUCGCCAAUGA